AGCGUGGUGGCGCAAGCCCCCAGUCCAGAAGGAGAGCGAGGGCCCCGGCGAGCAGGGGGCUGGGAGCCCGGCGAUCCGGCCUGUGCGCCAAGGCGCUGGCCUCGGUUUCCCCCUCAAGGACAAAGGAGGCCACUACGGCGGAUGGAAAACAAAGGCAGCCAGCGAUGAGAAGUGGAGGACUCCAUCCUUGGCCCGUGGGGAAAGUGGCGCUGUCUCUGCCACCUGGGCAAGCAGGAGCGCAGCCGCGAGGUGCUGGGCACAGCGCCGGGUCCGGUGUUCAUGGACCACGAGAACCUGGUCCAGAUACGGCCCUGUUUGCAACGAGAUUGUCCAUCCUGCAAGCCAAUCGACUGCGACUGGAGGCCCUGAGCCCAACUGGUGGCGGCGGCGGAGGCCGUAUGGAUCUCGGCGAGCUGGAGAGAGACAAUACAGGCCGGUGUCGCCUGAGCUCGCCUGUGCCUGCGGUGUGCCGCAAGGAGCCUUGCGUCGUGGGCGUCGAUGAAGCGGGCCGGGGCCCGGUGCUGGGCCCAAUGGUCUACGCCAUCUGUUACUGCCCCCUGUCCCGCCUGGCAGAUCUGGAGGCCCUGAAAGUGGCAGACUCAAAGACCCUGUCGGAGAGCGAGCGGGACAGGCUUUUUGCGAAAAUGGAGGAGGACGGGGACUUUGUGGGCUGGGCACUGGAUGUGCUGUCUCCAAACCUCAUCUCUACCAGCAUGCUUGGGCGGGUCAAAUACAACCUGAACUCUCUGUCCCAUGAUACAGCCACGGGGCUGAUACAGUAUGCAUUGGACCAGGGCGUGAAAAUCUCCCAGGUGUUUGUGGACACCGUGGGGAUGCCAGAAACAUACCAGCAGCGGCUUCAGCAAUGCUUUCCUGGAAUCAAGGUGACAGUCAAGGCCAAAGCAGAUGCCCUCUACCCCGUGGUCAGUGCCGCCAGCAUCUGUGCCAAGGUGGCCCGAGACCAGGCUGUGAGGAACUGGCAGUUUGUGGAAACACUGCAGGACUUUGAUGCGGAUUAUGGCUCAGGCUACCCCAACGAUCCCAAGACAAAAGCAUGGUUGAGGAAACAUGUGGAACCUGUCUUCGGCUUCCCGCAGUUUGUCCGGUUCAGCUGGCGCACGGCCCAGGCCAUCCUGGAGAAGGAGGCAGAAGGUGUUAUGUGGGAGGACUCCUCAGCAGGGGAUCAGGAGGGCACUGGAAGGAUCACCUCCUACUUCCUCAGCGAAGGCCCCCAAACCUGCCCCCGUGCCCCCCACCGAUACUUUCUGGAGUGUGGCCUGGAGCCAGCCACCACCCUCUAGGAGCCAGCCUGUACUCCCUCUACCUGCCUCCCCUGCAGGUGGGGGAACUGAGACUCUCCUGGGCCCUGUAGAGAGAAGAAGGAUUAAAAGCAGUGUGCUUAACAAGUCCUGAA